CUUCCGGAAGGGGCGGCCGAGGUUUGGGACACGUGACUAUGUUCCGGUUCCCCAAAGAUGGCGGCGCCCAGAACUGUAGCGUGAAAGUUGUCGGUGGGAGACGCUGUCCAGUUUUGCCGGAAUCAAACCGUGCGCCAUGUCGCGACUGAUCGUGAAGAACCUUCCGAAUGGGAUGAAGGAGGAGCGUUUCAGGCAGCUGUUCGCUGCCUUCGGGACAUUGACAGACUGCAGCCUGAAGUUCACCAAAGAGGGCAAGUUCCGAAAGUUUGGCUUCAUUGGCUUCAAGUCUGAGGAAGAGGCCCAGACAGCGCUGAACCAUUUCAACAAGAGUUUUAUUGACACGUCCCGGAUCACAGUGGAGUUCUGCAAGUCAUUUGGAGACCCAACAAAGCCCCGGGCCUGGAGCAAACAUGCCCAGAAACCAAGCCAGUCCCAGCAGCUUCCAAAAGACUCCUUUGUUCCAGAAAGUAAGAAAGGUGACAAGAAGAAAAAGGUGGCAGGUGAUCUAGAGAAGCUGAAGGAAGAUAGUGAGUUCCAGGAGUUCCUGUCAGUUCACCAGAGGCGGACGCAGGCAGCCACUUGGGCAAACGAUGCCCUGGACGCUGAACUCUCAAAAGGGAGGGGCAAGCCAGCCAAGGACUACCUGAACUUCGACUCUGACUCAGGGCAGGAGAGUGAGGAGGAGGGUGCUGGAGAGGACCUGGAAGAGGAAGGAGGCCUUGAACCCAAGGCAGCUGUGCAGAAGGAGCUGUCGGACAUGGAUUACCUGAAAUCCAAGAUGGUAAGGGCUGAGCUGUCCUCUUCCUCAGAAGAGGAGGAGAGUGAAGACGAAGCUGUGAACUGUGAUGAAGAGAGUGAGGCCGAGGAAGAAGAUUCCUCUACCACCCCAGCACUGCAGGACAGAGAGAGCAGAGGACCUGGCCAAGCUCAAGGGGGGCCAUCUGGGAACAAGAGAGCACAGGUGGCCAGAGCUGAGGCAGAGAAACCAGCAAACCAGAAGGAGCCCACCACCCCACACACUGUGAAGCUGCGAGGAGCCCCGUUCAAUGUCACAGAGAAAAAUGUUAUGGAAUUCUUGGCACCCCUGAAACCAGUGGCCAUUCGAAUAGUGAGAAACGCUCAUGGGAACAAAACAGGGUACAUCUUUGUGGAUUUCAACAGUGAAGAGGAAGUGAAGAAAGCUCUGAAAUGCAACAGGGAAUACAUGGGUGGACGCUACAUUGAGGUGUUCAGGGAAAAGAGCUCCCCCAUGGCCAAGGGGCCCCAGAAGAGGGGCACCACACCCUGGCAAGGCCGGACGCUCGGGGACAACGAAGAAGAAGAGGACCUGGCUGACUCCGGGAGGCUCUUUGUGAGAAACCUGCCCUACACCAGCACCGAGGAGGACCUGGAAAAACUCUUCUCCAAAUUCGGUCCCCUGUCUGAGAUCCACUACCCGAUUGACAGCCUGAUCAAGAAACCUAAGGGCUUUGCCUUUGUCACCUUCAUGUUCCCUGAGCACGCUGUGAAGGCCUACACGGAGGUGGACGGGCAGGUGUUCCAGGGCAGGAUGCUCCAUGUGCUGCCAUCCACCAUCAAGAAGGAAGCCAGUGAGGAUGCCAGUGCCCCGGGAUCAUCUUACAAGAAGAAGAAAGAGGCCAAGGACAAAGCCAGCAGCUCCAGCUCUCACAACUGGAACACACUGUUCAUGGGGCCGAAUGCUGUGGCUGACGCCAUUGCACAGAAGUACAAUGCUACCAAGAGCCAAGUGUUUGACCAUGAGACCAAGGGCAGUGUGGCUGUGCGUGUGGCCCUGGGGGAGACCCAACUCGUCCAGGAAGUACGGCGCUUCCUCAUCGACAAUGGGGUCUGUCUGGAUUCUUUCAGCCAGGCUGCUGCAGAACGAAGCAAGACUGUGAUUCUGGUGAAAAACCUCCCGGCAGGCACCCUGGCAGCUGAGCUUCAGGAGACCUUUGGCCACUUUGGCAGCCUGGGCCGGGUGCUGCUGCCUGAGGGAGGCAUCACUGCCAUCGUGGAGUUCCUGGAGCCCCUGGAGGCCCGCAAGGCCUUCCGAAACCUGGCCUAUUCCAAGUUCCACCACGUCCCCCUGUAUCUGGAGUGGGCUCCAGUUUGCGUCUUCUCCAGCGCAGCCCCACAAAAGAAAGAGUCCGAAGAUGCAACUUCAGAACCUGCAGAAAAGGACAAAAUAGAACCAAAACCCGUACCAGACAGUGAAACCCCAGAAAGUGGAAAGCCAACAGAGGGUGGAUUGGACAACUCUUCAGCAAAGAUGGAGGAGGAGGAAGAGGAAGAAGAAGAGGAAGAAGAGAGCCUCCCAGGGUGUACUCUAUUUAUUAAGAAUCUCAACUUUGACACAACAGAGGAGACGCUGAAGAACGUGUUUUCCAAAGUGGGGAUGGUGAAGAGCUGCUCCAUUUCUAAGAAGAAGAACAAAGCAGGAGCUCUGCUUUCCAUGGGGUUUGGAUUUGUGGAAUAUAGGAAGCCUGAGCAAGCCCAGAAAGCUCUGAAGCAGCCCCAGGGUCUUGUCGUGGACAACCACAAGCUGGAAGUGAGGAUCUCGGAACGUGCCACCAAGCCAGCCCUGACAUCUGCUCGGAAGAAACAAGUCUCCAAAAAGCAGACAACCUCCAAGAUCCUUGUGCGAAACAUCCCCUUCCAGGCUGACAGCCGGGAGAUCCGAGAGCUCUUCAGCACCUUUGGGGAGCUGAAGACAGUUCGCUUACCAAAGAAGAUGACCGGGACAGGCACACACAGAGGAUUCGGCUUCGUGGACUUCCUCACCAAGCAGGAUGCAAAGAGAGCCUUCAAUGCCCUGUGCCACAGUACCCACUUGUACGGCCGGAGGUUGGUGCUGGAGUGGGCUGACUCUGAGGUGACCCUGCAAACUCUGCGGCGGAAGACAGCGGAGCACUUCCACGAGCCCCCGAAGAAAAAGCGAUCUGUGGUGUUGGACGAGAUCCUGGAGCAGCUGGAAGACAGUGAAAACGACAGCGAGGAGCAAACCCUUCAGCUGUGAGCUGGCACCGCGAGGGGCUGCUGAGCCAGAAUUCCCAUCUGCAUCUGUCCAAGGGACUGUUCAAAGCCUGGAGUUUGCCUCGCCCCUCAGAACUGUCAGCCCUGGUUUAGCAUCCCAGGGAAUGGUCCAACAGCUCAUGAAGAAAAAUCAAGCACCCUCACUGAUGAAAUGGGCCCUGACAAGCAGCGCCCCCGAGGUGCAGCCUCCCAUGGAAAGGGCUGCACCAGCACCAGCCAGGGGCAAGGUGUGGAGGAAAGAGCAGAACCAAAGUACAUCUGACCUUAAUCUGAAUUCAGGUGUGACUGUUCCCAACUCUGUGGCCUCAGUUUUUCUUUCUGUGAAAUGGGGCUGUUAAUUACGCCUACCUCAGAUAGAUGGUGCUGGAAUUAAGUAAGGCCAUCCAAGUAACGCUUAGAAGAUCCUCACCAGCACUGUUCACUUCAUUUGGGAUUGCAGGGUGGGACCCUGAGCCAGAGUCCAAGAAUCUCUUGACUUUGUACCAAAAUCUGGUCUGUACAUUUUUCCAGGCAUGAGGUUCUAAUCUUCAUCUGGUUUUUGCAGUGGCCUGGAACCCAAGGAGGGCUUCAAGGUACUGGCAGCCCCUUGAGGCUCAGCAUGACCCCAGUGUCCUAUAAGACUGACACCCCCUUAACAACCCUGGCUCAUCCCUGAGGAUUAAUGGAAAUAAAAGAAAAAAACCAGAAUG